CUAUCUUGGUCUCAAAUUUCUCACUAAACUGGGACUGGGUCUUCUUGAGAGGCCGAAGUGCUAGAGCAUUCCAGUCUACACGAUGAUAUUUGCGGCCCUUGUCAUUCAUCGCUUGGAACUUGAGUCACUCAUAACCUUGUCUGCCGCGCAUCCCCGGACGCAGCGACAGAAAAUUACCUGAUUUUUUUCCGAGUAUCCACUCCGCUUGUCGGUGAUUGUAGGCGCCACUACUCGUGGUCGAACACCGCAUUUGAUCAAUCACCUCCUAGUCCCGGUUGUCCACCUCAAACCAGUUUACGACCGCGCCAUGGACGGUCUGGUCACCGGGCGCGACCCUCGGUCGGGAGUCGUGAUGGCGUAUAAGUAUUGACGAUCAUCCGCUUCCCUCUCAAGCUUCGUCCAUUCUCGCGCGCUAUGACCGCCUCGUUCUAUAACUCCGUCGAAAACCUAGACGUCUCUACGGCUGCUCUCGCUGCAGCGCCCGUCGUAGCGACACUCGCCCUGUACUCUACUGCAAAAACACUCGGCCGCCGCUAUCGGGAGCGCGAGCUCAAGCGCCAGACAUGCGUAGCGGAGGUCGAGCAGAUGGGUACAUCGCGGAAAGGCGAGAAGAUGAAGGGUACCGCAGUCAUCUGCGGUGGAGGGUAUAGUGGCCUGGUCGCCGCCAGGAUAUGCCAUGAUCACUUCGAGCGCGUUAUCGUAAUCGAAGCAGAGCCCUGGUUGAAUACGGAUGAGGGCAAGAUGGCUCGUUCAUGGGAGCAGAAAUCGCGGCGAACACGUAUCAUGCAGUACGAGUCCCUCAAUACGCACGACGGUUUCGUCUACCGGUGUAUGUCGCGACUCUUCCCCAAAUUCAGGGACGAAUGUGCAGCGUCAGAAAUACACGUCGGCAAGCCCAUCCCCAAGCUCCACUUCUGGGGCAUCGGCGCAAAGUGCAUCCCUGAAGAACUGCCGGACGUCCACUUCACCUCGCGGCAGGGCCAGGAGACCAUCAUGCGCCGCCUCACGAUGGACAAGUCGAAGUACCCGAAUAUCGAGCAAAUCACCGGCCUGGUCGUCAGUCUCCACGCGGAUCCUAUCGACCGCCAACGCGUGCAGAAGAUCUCGGUGCGCACGGCGGCGGGGACGGUGGAUAUCGAGGGUGCUCUCUUCCUUGACUGCACGGGCACCGCUCAAGGUCCGAAGUGGCUGCAGCGCGCCGGCUACGCAAACCCCGCUAACUUCGGUCCCGACGACAAGAAGUUCGAAGACAUCAAGUCCGAGUACAACCCGCACGUCCGCUACUCGACGCUUGAGUUCAAUCUUUCGGAGGCUAACCGCAAGCGGUUCCAUGAGCUGAUCCCGAAGAGCGACUCCAAGUCCGUGUACGGGUGCAUGCCGCACCCGGAGAAGGACAACACGAGCGUGUAUAUCGCGGAGCGGGAUGGCGGAUUGAUCCACGUUUGCGGUGGCGGCUACGGCGACGCGGCGACGCCGGAGAACAUGGACGACUUCAUCGAGUGCUCGAAGGCGCGGUAUAUGGAGAAGCCGUACCCCGACUUUUGGUACCCGGUGCUCGACCAUUUGCGUGACUGCGAGGACGAGAUGGUGGUCAGCAAGGUCGUCGUCCCUCCGCGCAGCUACAUGCGCUGGGACCAGGUCGGCGACCUCCCCGCCAACUGGCUAGCCGUCGGCGACGCCGUCCUCCGCGUCAACCCCGUAUACGCCCAAGGCCUCAGCCACAUCCUCCACUCCAUGGCCACCUUCGACGCCUGCCUCCGCGAGGUCUGGGUCGACGGGCAAUCCGCGCCCACCAAGAUCCCCGCCACCUUCGCCCGUACCUUCUUCACGCGCCAGCACCAGAAGAUCGUGCCAAUCUGGGAGAGCAACAAGACGAGCGACUACGCGUUCGCGACGACGACUCCGUGCAAGGGCGAGACGCUUGAGAAGGGAGCGUGUCUGCGGUGGUACUUCAAGCGCUUGCGGUAUCUGAUGCAGGAGGACACCGACAUCACGCGUCGCAUGGUCUGGGUCGGCUCCUUCCUCGCGCCGGACGUCGACAUCCUUGCUCCCAGUGUCCUAUUGAAGGUUGUAUGGGACGUGAUCAAGCGCCCGUAUGUGGGCUAGAUGCGCACAUGCGGAUCUCCCACUAGUUGGGGACUUGCAGCUCGGAUGCUUGAUCGUAUAUCUGUACUUGGCAUAUCCUUAUUGACACUCGCUCGCAUUCGCUUAUUUACGGGUGUGCUUUGACCUAAGUUAUAGUAGUUACAUCGCGCAGAAGACUAACUUAUCAACACGAAUGACACGUUCUUU